CGAGAUUUGAUUCAAAUCCGCUUUGUCAUACACUGAUAUAUAAAUGAUGACGACUGAAUCACCAAUCAGUAUGGCAGGAUUAGUAUUACAGUGCAUUUGCAGCACAACUUGCAUUAGAAUAUUUAGAAUAUGCCUCCGAGACAUGAAAACCGACCAGCUGAUAAUCUGAGUGAUGAUUUGGCGACAGCUAUCCUUAAGCCAAAGGAGCGGCCAAAUCGGCUCCUUGUUGAAGAAGCUAUAAAUGAAGACAACUCAGUUGUAUCACUCUCCCAGACUAAAAUGGAUGAGCUUCAGCUCUUUCGUGGAGACACAGUCCUUCUGAAGGGCAAGAGACGUAAAGAAACUGUAUGCAUUGUGUUGUCAGAUGAUACAGUUACAGAUGAUAAAAUCAGAAUCAACAGAUGUGUCAGAAACAACCUUAGAGUACGGUUGGGGGAUGUUGUCAGUAUCCAGGCCUGCCCAGAUGUUAAAUAUGGAAAGAGGAUCCAUGUUCUACCAAUUGAUGACACAGUGGAAGGACUCACCGGAAAUAUUUUUGAGGUGUACCUGAAACCAUACUUUAUGGAAGCAUACAGACCCAUUAAAAAGGGAGAUAUAUUCCUUAUCCGUGGAGGCAUGAGAGGAGUAGAGUUCAAAGUGAUUGCAACAGACCCUGAUCCAUACUGUAUUGUAGCACCAGAAACAGUCAUCCAUUGUGAAGGGGAACCUGUAAAGAGAGAGGAGGAAGAGGAGGCUCUUAAUGAGGUUGGGUAUGAUGAUAUUGGAGGCUGCAGAAAACAACUUGCUCAGAUUAAGGAGAUGGUUGAGUUACCCCUGCGUCAUCCACAGCUCUUCAAAGCUAUUGGUGUGAAGCCCCCACGAGGUAUUCUGCUGUAUGGACCACCAGGAACUGGUAAAACUCUCAUUGCUAGGGCUGUGGCUAAUGAAACUGGUGCCUUCUUCUUUCUCAUCAACGGUCCUGAGAUUAUGAGUAAGUUGGCUGGAGAAUCUGAAAGCAAUCUCCGAAAAGCCUUUGAAGAGGCUGAGAAAAAUGCACCUGCCAUUAUCUUCAUUGAUGAGUUGGAUGCAAUUGCACCAAAAAGAGAAAAGACACACGGAGAAGUCGAGAGGAGGAUUGUAUCACAGCUUUUGACUCUCAUGGAUGGUUUGAAACAGAGAUCCCAUGUCAUUGUAAUGGCUGCUACUAACAGACCAAACAGCAUUGAUACAGCUUUAAGAAGAUUUGGGCGAUUCGACAGGGAAGUUGAUAUAGGUAUCCCAGAUGCCACAGGACGUUUGGAAAUCCUACGCAUCCACACUAAGAACAUGAAGCUUGGUGAUGAUGUAGAUCUGGAACAAGUUGCCUCAGAGACCCAUGGACAUGUUGGUGCAGAUUUGGCUGCACUCUGCUCAGAGGCUGCCCUUCAGCAAAUCCGAGAAAAGAUGGAUCUCAUAGACUUGGAAGAUGACACCAUUGACGCAGAAGUGCUGGACUCUUUAGCUGUUACCAUGGAAGAUUUCAGGUGGGCUUUGGGAAAGAGCAAUCCAAGUGCUCUCAGGGAAACUGCUGUGGAGGUACCAACUGUUACAUGGGAAGAUGUUGGAGGUUUGGAAAAUGUCAAAAAGGAGCUCCAGGAAUUAGUUCAGUAUCCAGUAGAACAUCCGGAGAAAUUCAUGAAAUUUGGUAUGACACCAUCAAAGGGAGUACUCUUCUACGGACCACCUGGGUGUGGUAAAACACUGCUGGCUAAGGCCAUUGCUAAUGAAUGCCAGGCCAACUUCAUCUCAAUCAAAGGUCCAGAACUCUUAACUAUGUGGUUUGGAGAGUCAGAAGCCAACGUCAGAGAUAUUUUUGAUAAGGCACGAUCUGCUGCCCCAUGUGUCCUCUUCUUUGAUGAGUUGGAUUCCAUAGCAAAAGCCCGAGGUGGAAAUGCAGGAGAUGGAGGUGGCGCUGCUGACAGAGUGAUCAACCAGCUGCUCACAGAGAUGGACGGUAUGAGUGCGAAGAAAAAUGUCUUCAUCAUCGGAGCCACAAACAGACCAGAUAUCAUUGACCCUGCCAUUCUGCGACCUGGUCGUCUGGACCAACUGAUCUACAUUCCUCUUCCUGACGCUAAAUCAAGAAUUUCUAUUCUUAAGGCCAACCUAAGGAAAUCACCUGUCUCCAAGGAUGUUGACGUAGAUUACCUAGCCAAGGUCACACAGGGCUUCAGUGGAGCUGAUCUGACAGAGAUCUGCCAGAGGGCAUGUAAACUAGCCAUCCGACAGUCUAUAGAGGCAGAAAUUAGGAUGGAAAGGGAACGUGCCAACAACCCAGAUGCAGAUAUGGAAACAGAGGACUAUGACCCAGUACCAGAGAUUUCAAGAGUUCACUUUGAGGAAUCCAUGAAAUUUGCCAGGAGAUCAGUCAAUGACAAUGACAUCAGGAAAUAUGAAAUGUUCGCACAAACCCUUCAACAGAGUAGAGGAUUCGGAGGAAACUUCAGAUUCCCUGGACAAAGUGAAGGUAGAAAUGAGCCAAGGCAAGGUGCACCUGGAGGAGGGAACUUCAAUGAACAAGAUGAUGACGAUCUCUACAGUUAAACAUAAAUUCAUUCGUAACCAGGAUGUAUCCCAAUGUGAACUCUGAUACAAAAAUCAUCUUUAUAACGUUAUAUGUAAUAAUAUGUACAUCAAUACUAUCACUAUGAUUGUGAAGUUUUUUGGUGCCGUCUUCAUCACCACUUCAGUUGUUGAACAUACUUUUCAUUCAUACAGACUUGGGAUUUAUUCCAUCAUGAUGUCUUUGAUGUUAUUUAUUCACCUUGAUGAAUCAUUUCAUGUUCAGUAAGACAAUUAAUCAUUGGGUUUACAAGACUGCAUCAUUUGUUUGUAGAUUUAUAAUUGUGUUUUCAAAUAGCAAUGUUACCAAGGUAUGACAGAGGUGGUAGUAUACAAUUUUUAACAACAUAUUUCCGUGAUAGCAACAUGGUGUGUGAGAUUGGUAUAAAGGAAUCAGAAUAUUCUCACAGAACCUUGCUCUGAAGAACGUAUGUUUGGAUUGAUGAUUCCACCAGGAACAAAUGAUUUGUUGUGUUGUUAAGGUUUUAUAGACGUAUAUAUCAAGGAUUUUUGUUUCUUUGUAUGGAUUACCUCCCUUCAAACCUUGAAGUACAGGUUAGAAGCCUUUUGGGCAUAAUUUAUUGUACUAAUAUUUCCCCAUUUUAUAUCCAGUGUAUAUAGAUUUGAAUAAGUUGCCUAACCGACCAGGUACAUACCAUAGUUUAUAUCUGACGUUUGAAACAAAUAUAUUUGAUGCACGAGAAUGAGAAGUUUGAUGAAUGCUUAUUGUUGAUACAGUAGCUUUUUUGAAGGUGAAUAUAUACAUUUAUACACAGAUUCCAGUGACGAGGGCUGGGAUCUUAAUGCUUUGUUUUGUGAUGUCAGUAGUGCUAUGUUAUGAGAGGUUAAAUGGCAAGUCCUGUCAUUAAUCACAGAUUGUCUGAUAUUUGAUGAAAAAAAAAAAAUAAAAAGUUCCUGAAAAGAA